AGUACGUGCGUGCGCGGGUGGCAGUCGGGGCUGCGGGCCGGCGCGCCAUGUCCAGGAAGGUCUCUUACUUUUAUGACCCAGAUGUGGGCAACUUCCAUUACGGUGCUGGGCAUCCCAUGAAGCCACAUCGUCUGUCUCUCACUCACAGUUUGGUUCUACAUUAUGGACUAUACAAGAAAAUGAUGGUAUUCAAACCCUAUCAGGCCUCUCAACAUGACAUGUGCCGGUUUCACUCUGAGGACUACAUAGAUUUCCUGCAGAGAGUGAGUCCCAACAACAUGCAGGGUUUCACCAAGAGCCUGAACACCUUCAAUGUGGGAGACGAUUGUCCUGUGUUUCCGGGAUUAUUCGAGUUCUGCUCAAGAUACACAGGAGCUUCUCUACAAGGAGCAACACAAUUAAACAACAAGGUGUGUGAUAUUGCCAUUAAUUGGGCUGGAGGACUUCAUCAUGCAAAGAAAUUUGAGGCUUCGGGAUUCUGUUAUGUGAACGAUAUUGUCAUUGGAAUCCUGGAAUUGCUAAAGUACCAUCCACGUGUCCUGUACAUUGAUAUUGAUAUUCACCAUGGUGAUGGGGUGCAGGAAGCCUUCUAUCUCACUGAUCGAGUUAUGACUGUAUCUUUCCACAAGUAUGGGAACUACUUUUUCCCUGGAACAGGUGACAUGUACGAGGUUGGUGCAGAAAGUGGACGGUAUUAUUGCCUGAAUGUUCCACUCCGGGAUGGAAUCGAUGACCAAAGUUACAGACUCUUGUUUCAACCAGUUAUCAAACAGGUCGUGGAUUUCUACCAGCCCACAUGUAUCGUGCUGCAAUGUGGUGCAGAUUCUCUCGGCUGUGAUCGUCUCGGUUGCUUCAAUCUCAGUAUAAAAGGACAUGGGGAUUGUGUUGAGUUUGUGAAAAGCUUCAACAUUCCUCUACUGGUGAUGGGAGGCGGGGGAUACACUGUUCGAAAUGUUGCUAGAUGCUGGACUUUUGAAACCUCUUUGCUUGUUGAUGAAGAGAUAAGCGAUGAGCUGCCUUAUAACGAAUACUUUGAAUACUUUGCUCCCGACUUCACGCUUCACCCAGACGUGAGCACCAGGAUUGAAAACCAGAACACCAGGCAGUACCUGGAUCAGAUCAGGCAGACCAUCUUUGAGAACCUGAAAAUGUUGAAUCAUGCUCCCAGUGUCCAGAUUCACGAUGUGCCUUCAGACUUACUGAGCUACGAACGGACAGACGAGCCUGACCCAGAGGAGCGUGGGUCAGAGGACAACUAUAAUAGGCCAGAAGCUGCAAAUGAAUUUUAUGAUGGUGACCACGAUAAUGACAAGGAGAGCGAUGUGGAAAUAUGAGAUUGCUGGCUAUCAUGAAUUGGAGCAGACAUUCAGGACUAAUAGGCAGAGCACCGCACCACACGGGUGAACUGCACUACCAUAAGCCACACAGAUUGGUGCUGUGUCUCGAGGGUUUAGAGGACAAGGACUGCCUACUGCCAUUCUUCCUACCAGAGAAAGCCGAUCCUGAGUGUGGCUUGUGGGUCAGUACCUGUCCAUAAAGCGCAAGAAGCAAUUCCUCAGCUCCAGUAUCGACGCCUUUUGUUUUGUUUGGUUUUGGAGUCAAAAAUUAUGACUUGAUUACUGAAUGAGGUUCCUUUGCUUUAACUGAGAAAGAGAGUUUUGUUUUUGGUCAGAGUUGCUCAGUGGGCAGCUGUGGCAUGCAGACAGUAGGUUUUUCCACAUGGCAUCUGGCUGAAUCUUUAAAGUGCCUUUUACAGUAAUAAAACUGCAGUUCACAGGCCAUACUGGGCACCAAAGCUUGGAAGAGAUGAGAAAAGGCACAGUAAGUACAAAGAUUUUGUAGGAUGUUUAUAGCCACUGUUGAAUACGCUGUUCUUCUGACAACCAGUAGCUUGUGGGAAGUUCCAGUUGUGUUGUCACAACUGCUUCUAGCUGUGGUGUCAGGAUUAUUGGACCUGUCAGUACAAUAUGUAAAUCAAUUGUUUUUAUCCAUCACUUCCUACCUGAUCCUCUCAGUUCCCAUUCUUCGUGAGCCGGGAUAUGGGAUGUUGCAUCCUUCUAAUAUGUCAAAUUAUUAAUGUGGUUAUUGUGUAGAUUAUCAUCCCUCGUCCAUCUUUUGUUUUGUACAAAAUAUGUUCUUGUAUGAUAGGAUAUCUGGAAUAUAGUUAUUCACACUUGACUAACUUGUUUUGAUUCCCUUUUUCCUUUCCUGAAGGUAUUUGUUCAUGUUACAGUUUGACACAUACUUGCUGCCCACUUAUAUGUCACCCAGAUCACCACAUCAAAAUUUUUGUAUUUUAUAUUUUACACUCUUGAAGUCUGUGUAGCGGUUUGACAAUUGAAUAAGUUGUGGGGGGAGGGAAGGGUAUCGGGAGCUUGGAGCAUAAUUGGGAUUAAUGAGAAACUGAAACAUUUGCUUUGAAGUGUCUCCAACCAGAUUCAAUUCUGGGGAAAAAAACAAUUCUCAUAUUUUCUGGUAAUCUUAUAAAUAGACCUAAAGGUGCAUCUUAGGUGUUUCACUGGAGUGUCAUUAAACAAAACUUUGGCACCUGUAAAUGUCACUCUUAAAAUUUGGCAGGACUAAACCUCAAAUGAAACCACUUGUCAUGGCUGUCAAUCAUCCCAACACAACUUACAUCCAAUGACUUGUCUAGAGGGCCAUCUCUUGCCAAGAUCUGGACUGAGAUUCUUCAUUCAAGAAAGACACCAGUUGAUGUUAGUGUUGUAUUUGUUCGGAAACUUUCUCAUGGUGGAUGGGUGAACAUAUAAUGUCUUGAUCUGGUAUUCUGCAAACUCUGAUCAACCUCAAAUCUUACAACGUCAAAAAACAUUGCCAGCCUUUGGCAUUGUAUUUACUUCAAUGUUCAAUCCUUGUACAUAAAGUUGCAUUUAUCUUUUGCAAAAAAAAAGUGCAUUUUUUCAUAUUAAAAUGGUUUGUAUAUCUGUGUUUCUUCACUAUUUGGGAGCUCUGUUUGCCUGAAACGUUUAUUGAAUUGGAUACAAAAAUUAACAGAUGGGAAAGAUCUGUUGGUGCAUCUGUAAUAAUUUUGACAUCUCUUUGGAGUGGCCGUCCAGACGUUUGAAGCUGAUUGUGCAUUUUGUAGCAGUUAGGACUUUUAUUAAAGAAUGAGAGAAUUACUGCAUGCAGUAUUUUAGUAGCAGUUUACCAGGAACAAUUAAAAGCUGUGUUACUUCAAUGA